CUGAUCUUUGAGAAGGAGGGGGUGUACCUCCACACAAAUGCCAAGAGGAGUAACCAGGACACAACCAUCCCGGGGUUCAUCCGCAUUGUGGAGCGGGCCGGGUUGCCAGCUUUAGAGUGGAGCCCACUGGAGGAUGAGGGUCGCAGUGCCCCUGCUGUACUCUACACCAAAAAGGAUGGAGAAGGAGGGGAGGAGGAUACAAAUUUUGACCCAGGUUAUGAGCCAGACUGGGCAGUAAUCAGCACAGUGAAGAAAGAUCGAGAACAUGUCCCAGUCAGAGAUUCAGGUCAGUGGUCGUUCUCUUUGCCACUCUCAGAGUUAUACUCUCUUCGGAGGGCUCGGUUCUCCUUGGGUAGAAACUUCCUGGUGCUGACUAGUAGAGGGGGACACCCACUGCCUCCUCUGCACUUCCACCGAGGAGGAACCAGGGAGCUGCUUAGGGCCCUGAGUCGUUACAUCAUCCUGGACCAGUCACCGGUUGAUGGGCGGCUCUUUCUUGCCUACCCUCAUGACUCAGGUGCUCUCUCUCAGUCCUUCGAUAAGCUGCAUCUGCUUGAUGACGGAGGCUCGGAUCUGGUUUCGAGAUUUAUCCAUGACCCAUAUGCCACUACAUUUGGUGGAUUCUCCAAAGUCACCAAUUUCUUCAAGGCGGCACUACGACCUCCAGAUUCCCAGGUCUACUCGCGUAAUCCUCAGGAUCCUAGCUUGCCACCCCAGUCCGAUGAAGAGCCCGGAUUCGAACUCAUCAACUGUGGGUUAGAGCUUGGUCCCAGACCAGACGUAACCAGAGGUAAACCUCUUGACAAAUGGGAGGAGUUUCUGGACCCAGAGGGUCGGGUGAAGAACCCAGAGAGGAUCAAAGAGCUGGUGUUCAGAGGGGGCAUCACACCAUCCCUGAGGAAGGAGAUAUGGAAGUUCCUCUUGGGCUUUUAUCCGUGGAACAGCACCGCCAAGGAAAGAGAGGACAUUCUGCGGGUCAAAACGGAUGAGUACUUCAGAAUGAAGGUGCAGUGGAAGUCCGUCAGCGAAGAGCAGGAGAUGAGGAACUCUCUCCUCAGAGGAUACAGAAGCCUGAUAGAGAGAGACGUCAACAGGACAGACAGACAAAAUACAUUCUUCUCUGGGAACGACAAUCCAGGACUGACUCUGCUUCAUGAUGUGCUGAUGACAUACUGCAUGUACAACUUUGAUCUUGGUUAUGUCCAGGGGAUGAGUGAUCUCCUUUCUCCCCUCCUGUUCGUCACCCAGAACGAGGUGGAGUCCUUCUGGUGUCUGACAGGCUUCAUGGAGCUGGUGCACCAGAACUUUGAAGAGUCUCAGGAGGCCAUGAAGCAGCAGCUCCUUCAGCUCAGUAUCCUGCUUAAGGCUCUGGACCCGGAGCUGUGUGACUUUCUGGACUCUCAGGACAGUGGCUCUCUUUGCUUCUGUUUCCGCUGGCUGCUCAUCUGGUUCAAGAGAGAGUUUUCCUUCGAGGACAUCCUCAUCAUGUGGGAGGUCCUCUGGUCUCGUCUUCCAUGUGACAACUUCCACCUUCUGAUUGCUUGUUCAAUCCUGGAGUCCCAGAGAGGCGAGCUGAUUGGCUCCGACCACGACUUUAAUACUAUUCUGAAGCACAUUAACGAGUUGACGAUGAAGUUGGACCUGCAGAGUGUUCUGAGUGGAGCAGAGGCCAUCUACCUGCAGUUCAUUCAGUCCAAGGAGCUUCCCCUCCGGGUGCAGCAGGUUCUGGGUCUCUACAUCCCCUCCAGCUCUGAAGAGAACAGCCCAGACUCUCAGGCCAGCGAGACACAACGCCUCAUCAGUCAACCCCAGGCAGGAGCUGCUUCAUGUAACACAGCACACUGUCCCACCUAUCCUUAAAUCUGCAGGUCAGCUGGUGGAGUGACAGUAACUACGAAAUUAAUGGAGGAUAUUUAUAUAUACAAAAAAAUAUAUAAGUAUAUAUAUAUAUACUGUAUAUGAUCCAAUGAGAAGGUAUGAAGAGUGAUUGGUGAAGACUGUUGUUUCUGUUUGUCAAAGGUAGGGGGCGUUGUUGAGGCUUUUUUCUUUUAAUGUACCCAUGGAAGUUACAAGUCAAGAUGUUGAAACACUAUAGCCAAACUUGCAGUGCUGUUUUUUUGAUUUGUGUAUGUUGUCUUCCUCCUUUUCCACGACGGCUUGUCGCUUGUUUACAUGUCCUGUGUCUCUGCUGCAGAGUACUGCCAUCCUUUCUACUCUCCAUCCUCCUUUUGAUGCUGCUGUUUUACCUCUUUUCACAAGUUAUUUAAUAAUUGUAGUCAUCUCUGCUUGUCACUUGAGUUAUAGUCUACUCUCAGUGCAUUUCGUUAUGUUUGGUUUAGAUUUCCCUAGCGUCCCCUCGCCCCUGUUCCUAAAAAAGGGAAGAAGAUAACGAUAAACUCACUGGCAGCGCCUUGUCAGUACUGUUUGAUGCCAUUCCAGCCCUAUGCAAAGUUUUUGCAUGCCUUAUAGUUUUCACAAGUGACACGGUAGUAUCUUAAGCCUUGUAAUUAUCUGUAUAAUGUCAUAUCCGCUGAUUAUUACCAAAUAAAUGGUUGAAUCUUAACAAAGCAGGA